AAAAAGAAGGAAAAAAUGGAGCAGACCUUAAAAACUCCCGACAUAUGAGUAUUUACCUCGGACGCGAACGGCCACAACGGAACAUCGGAGCAGGUUCCGUGUGUCGCGCGACGGACGGUUUGGAGAAAGCGGGAGAAAUAUCGUUGAGGAUUAACGGCGGAGGCGGUGAAGGAAAGGACUUGAAUACCAGCUCCGACUAUCCGGAUUACCCACUCGCUGAAAAAAAGGGAAAACAAGCGACGCUUCGUGGACAUUUCUCCGGCCAAGACAGGAUGAGGUGACCGCCAGGAAACGGAGGAAAAGUGCUUGUGGUCGAAGUUGGACGCGGAGCCGGGGGAAACUGACUCCAACGGGCCUCAACGGAUAUUUAGAUGUUGUCGUGUAAACUUCGCUGUCGAUGCCGUUUUAAAGCGGCGUUGUAGGAGCCGAAUAUAAACCCAGAAAACGCUGAAUUAUACGUACGACAAACCAUCAGAGAUAGUUCAUUUAGAGCCACGACAGGGGUUCAAUUCACCGGAUAUUAACACGAAGAAGAUCGGUUGCUUGUGCCGAUGCCAACGGCAGACUGCAGGUUGCUCCAUCAUGGCCGGAUCAUGAGGUGUUUGACUUAUCUACUCCUACUUCCAGAAACACUGAAAAAGUCAAAGAAGGUCGCCAAGCUCCCGGGCAGGCUGCCGGUAUGUUAUGAGAUCCUGACUCUGUCCCUGACGAGCAGCAAGAAGAAGAAGCAGCAGCAGCAGGAGGAGGAGGAGAAGAUGGCUGCGGAGUUGUACCCCGCCGCCAACACCAACAACACCAACCUGUCCAACGGCACCACGGUAGCGGACACCGAGAAGACCAAGGAGGUGCAGGUGAGCCAGGCCAGCAGCAGCGCGGCGACCACCCCGACCACCCAGCACAACAUCAACAACAACAACGUAGACCCACCGAGCUGGCAGUGCAGCCACCCGACACUGAGAGAGAGGAAUGCCUUGAUGUUUAACAAUGAGCUGAUGGCUGAUGUCCACUUCAUUGUUGGCCCCUUGGGGGGGUCGCAGAAGGUUCCAGCACACAAGUAUGUGCUGGCCGUGGGAAGCUCGGUUUUCUGUGCCAUGUUUUACGGCGAUCUGGCAGAGGAGGAGUCUGAGAUCCAUAUCCCAGAUGUGGAACCUGCUGCUUUUCUAAUUCUGCUGAAGUACAUGUACAGCGAUGAGAUCGACCUGGAAGCAGACACGGUGCUGGCCACCCUGUAUGCUGCCAAGAAGUACAUCGUUCCUGCACUGGCCAAGGCCUGCGUCACCUUCCUGGAAACAAGCCUGGAGGCCAAGAACGCCUGUGUGCUGCUUUCACAGAGCCGCCUGUUCGAGGAGCCCGAGCUGACGCAGCGCUGCUGGGAGGUGAUCGACGCUCAGGCGGAGCUCGCUCUGUGCUCUGAGGGUUUCUGUGAGAUCGAUCUGCAGACACUGGAGAUCAUCCUGCGGAGGGAGACGCUCAACACCAAGGAGGUGGUGGUGUUUGAGGCCGUUAUGAACUGGGCCACAGCGGAGUGCAAGCGACAAGGUUUGGGGCCCACAACCCGCAACAGAAGAGAUGUCCUCGGCAAGGCGCUGUUCUUGGUGCGCAUCCCCUCCAUGAGCCUGGAGGAGUUUGCAGACGGGGCGGCGCAAUGCGAUAUCCUGACACUGGAGGAGACGCACAAUUUGUUCCUGUGGUACACUGCGGCCAAAAAGCCCGAUCUGGACUUCCCUCUGAUGGAGAGGGAGGGUUUGGCGCCUCAGAGGUGCCACCGCUUCCAGUCCUCAGCCUACCGGAGCAACCAGUGGCGCUACCGUGGCCGGUGUGACAGCAUUCAGUUCGCUGUCGACAAGAGGAUCUUUAUCGCCGGUCUGGGGCUGUACGGGUCGAGCGGCGGCAAAGCGGAGUACAGUGUCAAAAUCGAACUUAAGAGACAAGGAGUGACCCUGGCGCAGAACGUGACAAAGUUUGUGUCGGAUGGAUCGAGCAGUACGUUUCCAGUGUGGUUCGAGCAUCCUGUUCAGGUGGAGCAGGAAGCGUUCUACACGGUGAGCGCCGUGCUGGACGGGAAUGAACUGAGCUAUUUUGGCCAGGAGGGAAUGACGGAGGUGCAGUAUGGGAAGGUGACAUUUCAAUUCCAGUGCUCCUCCGACAGCACCAACGGGACUGGAGUACAGGGAGGACAGAUCCCCGAGCUUGUGUUCUAUGCAUAAGCUGCUCUGCACUCCUCGUCGCCCAGCCUUCAAAGUAAUGUAGCAUUAAAGACACUCGACUAAUGUCACACUAAACGGCCUGGUUAGUUCUUUGAGAGACUAUUUUAAGAGUCAAGGAGCUUUUGUUUUAUCUUAUUUAAUUUAAUGUUAUUUUUUUAUUUAAAUACUGAGUUAACGUUAUUUGCUCUGCCGCCUGUGUUUGUGCGGCUGCUGUAGAAACAACAUUAAUACGGUGAUUUCUGGUUAUGUAAUCACGCUGAGCUGCACAACUGGAACAAGUAGAGACCGCUUCAAAUUGUGUAAUUGCAAGUCUAUAAACAAUGUUGUUACUAUAGUCUAAGCAGCAGUGAUUACACCAGGAGCAACCUUUAUGUAGUGUUAUGAUUCCAAAUGCAAAACAAAGUAGUUGCCAGUUGUUUUGCACUUCAGAGGACGGCCUCAUUGUGUCUUUUUGUAAAAAUACAAUUUAACUGUUAACAGCUUGAUGCUGUUAAAGAUGACCAGAUAUGUUCUGUACACGAAUGCUUAUACACCUGAUGAUAAAACAUAAAGGUUAUAAUGUG